AUGUGUUCUAUCCAUGAUCAAGCGUUUUUGCAAAUUUUACAAGAAGAGAGAGACAUUACAAACUUUUUAGAUGCAUUUUUUGGAUUUUUGUACAGAUGGUAAGUAAAUGUAUCGUAAUGAAAAUGUACAUAUCAUUUUCAUAACGUUCAAAGUUUGUUGUAAUUUGAUUGCAGUACAGAUUUUUAUGUUGAAUCCGGGUUAGACCAAAAACUUGGAUUUCCAGUUGGUACGAUAGAAAAUCUUGUUUUGCAUAGUUUUCAAAAAUGGAAGAAUAUCUCCAAAUUUCCCAGUGGUACAGAUUCUCUAAUCACGCAGGAUAUUAUCAUCCAAAAUAGCGAUAAGGAACAAGAUGAAUCAAUGACCAUAGAAGAAGAUAUUCCACAAGUUGACCACGAAGUAGAAAUUGAAACGUACAGAGAAAGCACAAAUCAAUAUGGUCAUUUAAUUCACAGAGAUAGGUCAUCUGACAGUUACAAUGGUGCAGUGAGGGAAAAUUAUACUUGGUCACAAACUAUUAGUGAUAUAGAUGUGCUGGUAAAACUACCUAAUUGCAUAAAAACGACAAAAGACUUGAGAGUUCACAUUGAUUCGAAAGAAAUUAAGAUAGAAGCAAGGACAUCGAGAGUCGAACAAAAUCAGGACGUAGAGGAAUGUCGGUAUUUUGUAUGGACUACAAUCUUUAAGGGGGAAUUGUGCUUUAAAGUUCGAAAAGAUGAGUCAGUAUGGAGCAUAGUGCCUGAACAACAUAUUAAUAUUCAUCUUGAAAAAGCUUCAGAGAGAUGGUGGGAAUCAUUGAUCGUCGGUGAACCAAAAAUUGAUUUAACUAAAAUAGACUGUUCGAGAAAUUUGGAUGAAAUGGCAGUGGAAGAACAAAUGAAAGUACAAGAAUUAAUGUGGAACCAUCAGCAGAAGCUUCUGGGUAAACCAACUAGCGAACAGAUUGUAAGUGUGUGCGAGAGGUUAUGAAACUUACGCGUUUAAGAAUAAAUUUUUAAUACAAACACCUUUGCGUGCAGAAAAUGGAAAAGAUACUGAAGAAAGCUUGGGACGCGAAAGGAUCUCCAUUCGAGGGCACAUCAUAUGACCCUUCAUUAAUAAACUUCAAUUAA